CGGGGUCCAAAACAAAGUAUGCCAACGGGAAAUGAUAAACUCAAGCGGCAAUUCGGACGAAAGGCAAAUUACAAAACUCGCUGAUUUUCCCUCCACUCCUGUUCUGUGCUAAAAUGCGCUCCAAGGACAGGAUCUCGUACUUCUACGAUGGGGACGUCGGGAAUGUCUACUUCGGGCCUAACCAUCCGAUGAAGCCUCACCGGCUGUGUAUGACCCAUCAUCUGGUUCUAGCUUAUGGUCUUCACAAUAAGAUGGAAAUAUAUAGGCCUCACAAGGCAUAUCCAAUGGAGCUGGCUCAAUUUCAUACAGCUGAGUACGUUGAGUUUCUGCACAGGAUAACGCCUGAAACUCAGAAUCUAUUUGGGACUGAACUGAAAAGAUAUAAUCUCGGAGAGGAUUGUCCUGUAUUUGAUAACCUGUUUGAGUUUUGUCAAAUUUAUGCGGGCGGGACAAUAGAUGCAGCACGUAGAUUAAACAAUCAACUAUGUGACAUAGCUAUAAAUUGGGCGGGUGGUUUGCACCAUGCUAAGAAAUGUCAGGCCUCAGGAUUUUGCUAUAUCAAUGACUUAGUUCUUGGAAUUCUGGAGCUUCUUAAGUAUCAUCCACGAGUUUUGUAUAUCGAUAUCGAUGUUCAUCAUGGAGAUGGCGUAGAAGAGGCUUUUUAUUUUACAGAUAGGGUAAUGACAGUCAGUUUCCACAAGUACGGGGAUAAGUUCUUUCCUGGAACUGGUGAAAUGAAGGAUGUAGGAGAAAGAGAUGGGAAAUUUUAUGCAAUAAAUGUGCCGUUCAAAGACGGGAUAGAUGAUUCCAGCUUCACUCGUCUCUUUAGAACAGUCAUUUCAAAGGUGGUUGAGACAUAUUUACCUGGAGCAAUUGUUCUGCAAUGUGGGGCAGACUCCCUAGCUGGUGACCGCUUGGGCUGCUUUAACCUCUCCAUUGAUGGGCAUGCUGAAUGUGUUCGGUUUGUGAAGAAAUUUAAUGUACCCCUGCUGGUAACUGGUGGAGGGGGGUACACAAAAGAAAAUGUGGCUAGAUGUUGGACUUACGAAACCGGGGUUCUUCUAGAUACAGAGCUUCCUAAUGAUAUACCAGAUAAUGACUACAUCAAAUAUUUUGGCCCUGAUUAUUCAUUGAAGAUUCCUGGUGGGCACCUGGAGAACAUGAACAGCAAAUCAUAUCUUGGCACCAUAAAAACACAUGUAUUGGAAAAUCUUCGUAGCAUCCAGCAUGCUCCUAGCGUGCAGCUGCAGGAGGUACCUCCAGACUUUUAUAUACCGGAUUUUGAUGAAGAUGAGCAAAAUCCUGAUGAACGCUUGCAUCAGCAUACACGAGACAAGCAAAUCCAGCGAGAUGAUGAAUAUUAUGAAGGUGACAAUGACAACGAUCACUCCAUGGAUGAUGCAUGAGCUUCCUGCAUCUUACUUCCUAGGUGUCACUUUCCAGGAUUUGCUGAUUAUUCAUAGUUUGAGAAAGAUCUUUCGCCUUAUCCCCCUAUUGUUUAGCAGUUUCAGUGCAUGGUAGAUCCAUGUACUUUUUCCUCGGGAGCAAAUCACAAGUCAUAUCCAAUUCUAAUGUACUCUUGACAUCCUUUUGUUGAUGUAAAACUGAAUGUGGAUUGUUUUUGGUCAUUAUGUAUAGCUCAACUAUCAUUGUGGUUAUUGUAUUGAUCGUUUUGGUAUUU